ACGAGCAUAAAAAAUAUGGAGAGAGAACUGCUGUGCCCGGUCUGCAAAGAAAUGUACAAACAACCUCUGGUUUUGCCGUGCAUGCACAACGCCUGCCACAUCUGCGCCACCGAAGUCCUGCUCCAACAGGGCUACAUCUGUCCUGAUCCGACUUCGGAGCCCACCUCCCCGGCGUCCACUCCAGCCACGCGGAGUCCUCGUUUGGGGCGCCGGAUCGUGCCAAAACCGGAGCGCCUGGACCGGCUUCUAAAAUCAGGUUUUGGCACCUAUCCCGGCCGGAAACGGGGUAACGCCUUACACCCGCAGAGCGUCCUUUUUCCGUGCCCGCUGUGCCAGCGAGACGUGGACCUGGGCGAGCGAGGUUUGGGAAGCCUCUUCCGGAACCUGACCCUGGAGCGGGUGGUGGAGCGUUACCGCCACACCAUCAACGUCAACGCGGCCAUCAUGUGCCAGUUCUGCAAGCCGCCGCAACUGGAAGCCACCAAGGGCUGCACCGAGUGCAAAUCCAGCUUCUGCAACGAAUGCUUCAAGCUUUACCACCCGUGGGGGACGCAGAAGGCGCAGCACGAACCGAUCCCUCCCACGCUCACUUUCCGUCCCAAAGGCCUGCUGUGUCCCGAACACCGAGAAGAAGUCACUCAUUACUGCAAAACCUGCCAGCGGUUGGUGUGCCAGUUGUGCCGAGUUCGUCGCACACACACGAGUCAUAAAAUCACGCCUGUGCUCAGCGCCUACCAGGCUCUUAAGGAAAAGUUGACGAAAAGCCUAGCUUACAUCCUGAGCAAUCAAGACACCGUGCAGGCGCAAAUCAACGAGUUAGAAGAGACCCUUCGGCUCACGGAGGUGAACGGCACCCAGGCCAAGGAAGAGAUCGUCAGGCUGAUGAACAAUUUGAGCAGCCUGCUGGAGGAGAAGCGAGCCGCCCUGCUUAACGCCAUCGAAGAUUGCCGCCAAGACCGCGUCCGUCGCCUGCAAACCCAGCUGCAGGAACACCAGGCCAUGAUGGAAAAUUCCGGAAUGGUGGGCUACGCGCAGGAGGUCUUGAAGGAAACCGACCAGCCCUGUUUCGUCCAGGCCGCCAGGCAGCUUUAUCACAGGAUCCUGAGAGCGACCGAUUCCCUUCAGGCGUUCCGGCCAGCGGCCAGCGCCUCCUUCAGCCAAUUCCAGGUGGACAUCAGCCGAGAAGUGAAGCUGCUUACGGACCUCAUUUUUAUUAAAGGUGUGUAAAACAGCCGUCUUUAAAUGAGGCUUGGAGACGACCCCAAAUUAUAAUUUUUCCCCCCCCUCCAAAACAUUAAAAUGGCAGCUUAUAGAUUCAUUCCCAAGUUACGGCUGCC